AUGAAAUUAGGAAAGAUCUUCAGACGGAAGAGGAAAGACAAACGGGACAAUUCGAAGAAAGAUGCGUCAAAUCGUGGUACUGCGGAAGAUGAAGAACCCAUACGGUCAUCAGUAGUAGCGAAUAGAGGAUCUUCUGAAUUUCCAUCAUUUGCAGCAUCAUCACAAAACUCCGUUGACAGAGGAGAAACAGGAAGCAACGGACAUCGCAGUGUUUCACAAGAAGCUCCCCCGAGCCGUGCUGCGAACGAGGAUACACAUGGCAGUGAAAGCGAGGAUGUAGUAUCUGAGAUGGUAGCAAAAUCAACAGGGGGAGGGAAGCGGAGAAUCAACAAAGGUGUCCCAGAUUCCUUCAAAGGGCUCAGCGUCAGCCAUCGUUUUAAUGUUCCGCAAGUUGAGGAGGAUCCGGAAGUUGUCAGAGAAAUUAGUGAAGCAUACGAUGGUAUUCCAGAGAUUGAACAGAUACGUCUGCCGAGGGGAGGAAUCAGUAUUGACACCAAGGCUGUUGGUCGCAUUCAGUUUGGAAUCCCACCUGAAACCAUCAAGGAUAGUAUGAGACUUGGAAUUCCUGUUCCACAAAUAUAUAUUGUGCCAGCUGAGAGAUUCUGUAGGGAGAUGGGUCCUGCUCUUGGAGUCAACCUUGCAGAGUUUGAGUUUCCUGGAUAUUUCAACUUUUUCAUAUGCAAACAGAAAUGCAUGAUGAUCGUAGAUUCACAAGAUGCACAAGACAAAAUCUGCAGUGUAUUAUCAGAAACUUUGCUGGGUCCUGGUGAGUUCCUAGGUGAGAAUCCGAGAACUCACAAUGAAGAGGACUUUGCACCCGAUUUCCCUAGGGAUGCCAUUCCGAACUUCCAGAAAGAAUUGGAGUAUUUCCGGAAGAUGCCGGACGGUUCCGAGCUUGCGGUGACCGCAAUCUAUGAUUUUUGUCAUUUCAAAAUUCCUGAACAUGGUUCCACCCACGCGGAGCUCGGUGUACCGCCAAUAAAGUCGUCCGGCGAUAAGAAAUCGGAGGGCCGUUGGUUUGGCGAUGUUGCAACAGUUUGGCCUCUAAAAGCAACAGAGGAGCAGAAGAAAGAAAGAAGCGUUCCGAGAGUCGAAAUUUUCAAAAUGGCCAGUGGUCUUGAGUAUAUUAUUCACGACAUUGACGAGAACAAUCACAUCAUUGGAAGAGCAAGAUUCAAUGGUCACAUCAAGGUAUCUGAAAUGAUGAGCGUGGAGGGUUUCAGUGGCUCCAAAGCUCAUGAUUUCACAAAGAAAGAAAGUACAGACGAGGAUGACAGUGUUUCUUCAUCAGAAGGCUUCGGAUCACCAAUGAGUUCGCUAGGACCACCAUCCUUUCAUCCUCCUUCAUUCGGGGUUACCACGCUAGGGAACUCCCACGGGUUUGACAAGAGUGGAUCAACCUCAGGCUAUGUGCUUUGGGUUAAUGGCCGUGGAAUCAUGAUUGAUCCUCCGCCAUACUCAUCAGCUACUCUUGAGCGAGAAGGAAUUAGACCUCGAACUAUCGUUGGUAUUAUUCUGACACAUUGCCACGCUGAUCAUGAUGCAGGAGCUUUUCAGAAAGUUCUAACUGGAUCUCCCGUUGUGGUGAUAACAACUCCUACGAUUUACAAGAGUUUUAUCCGGAAGUACGCGGCGCUUGCAUCAGUAAGCCCCGCUCUAUUGCGACACUGUCAUCGUUACAAACCAGCGAUUGUUGGUGAAGCUCUGAGAUUUCAGGGUGCAAACUUCCGAUUUCAAUACUCGCUUCAUGCGAUUCCGUGUGUUGGUUUCCGUGUGGAUUGGAGAGGAAGAUCUAUGGUCUUCAGUGGGGAUCACUUGAACAAACCGGUUCAAUUAGACCAAAUGCAAAAAGAUGGUGUCUUAUCUAAAGCGCGAGGGGACGAUCUUAGAAAUUUACCUCUACAGGAAACCGAUCUUCUGCUGCACGAGGCUGGAGUUCCUCCACUCCACACACCAUUAGAGGAGUUGAUGAAACUUCCUCAGCGGGUCAGAAAACGUCUGUAUGUGGUUCAUACAGCCACGAUUCCAGAAGAAUUUGACCUACGUGUCGCACCAACUGGUACUGCUGGGACCCUAAGAUUGGACAAGGUUCCAAACGUUUCGAACAGUCAACAGCCAAUAGGUGGAGCACGUAGACCAAGAGCUGCUCGACACUCUCAUAUGGCGGACGAUGACUUGAUGGCAUGGGGCGGUACAAUCAAUGAGUACGAAGUCGAUAGUGAACCACCGGGAAACAAGGAAAUGUCAGCGCAGAGUAUGCAAUACGCCAUGACCACUUCAUUCACAGGAACAAACAAGAAACAGAUUAGGCAUUCUAUCACAGACAUGGGGCACCCCACUGUGCCUCUUGUUGGCAUGCGACCAGCGUCAAGUACUGACGCUUGGUUCAUCCUGAACUUGCUCAGCGCGGUUCCGUUCAUGUCAAGUUUGUCCUAUGCUUCCACCAUGGAAGUCCUAGAAACUGCAAGGGUGGAGGUCUUUGCCGCUGAAGAACAAAUCAUUGAAGCGGAACGCCGCCGAUCAAUCUUGUGUGUAGUUUGGGAAGGGACUUGCGUGGAAAAGCCACCCAGUGAAAUGUCUCUGUCUGGGAUACCCGAGGGUGAAAGUGAUGCCGAAAACGAACAGGAAAACGAUCGGAAAGACAAAACUACUGUUUGGCACGCUGGUGACUGGACUGGGCCAAUUGCUUUGCAGCCAGACAAACGCUUAAGUGGAGAAAGUGAAAGGUGUAUGACGCAUGACAUUGUUGCGCUUUCAACUCAGGGUGUCAAGGUGAUCACUAUUGAUUUUUCUGCACUUCAUCAAAUCCUAAAGAGUGGAUCAGGAUUGUAUCGGAAAUACUUGGAUCGUCAAGCCCAGCAAAACCGUCGCCGGAGUGUUGAAACAACUGUCUUGAAUUCAAAUGGGAAGAGUGACAGACAACUGACAGAGGCCCUGCGAAAUCUGAACAUCGUUGAUCUUUUGGAUCAAAAUUUUGCUUUGCGUAAGCUCUCGGCUGUUCAGAAACGACACAUAGAAAGUCUAGCGGCGGGGCCGAUAAGUUUCGAACCUGGAGCCCGGUUAUGGAGAGAUGGCGCGCCAGUCGAUCGGGCAUUUAUGAUCGUAUCGGGAACUGCUUCGUUUGUUCCAAAAAGAAGAAAUGCAGGUUCUGCUACUGCCAGAAAAGACAACGACGUUUCAGAUUUUGAAGAAGACGAAGAGUUUGGUAGAUCAAUGAGCAACACCUCAAAAGAGAGCCUCAGCGACAAAAUCUCACAAGACGCUUUGAAGGUUGCCGAAGAUUUCGAUAGUGACGAGGAAGGGAAGGAAUUGAAUGACCGCCAUUAUGUUCAGCUCGAAACACUCUUCAGUCGUUCGCAGAAUGGAAUGGUCAAAUCAAUGACUGAGGCCAAUGAUUUCGCUGAUCUCAGUAAGAAUCUGCAGCGACGAGCAGACGCAGUGAGUUCUGGUGAAUUUACAACCGAUGAGAUGAAACCCUAUGAGUGGGAAAAGCAGGCUCAAGCUGCGGAAGAAGAACCAGAUCCCAAAGAUCGUCGAUCUGCUCUUCAAAGGAAGGCGUCUGUACGGGCACGCUUUGAAAAUAAGGUUCUCGGCAGGAUUCACAGUCGAGAAGCAUACACAGGCGGACUGGUGUUUAGCCGCGGGCAUUUCCUCGGUGAUAUAUCCAGAAUGUUCUAUGGCCACGUCAACACGGAUCUGAAUUCAAGUCAGUCGAAGUUGAGUCCUUCAAGUUUUGAUUUAUCGCUUGACAGUAUGCACGACAAGGUCAUUCAAGAUGACGAGAGUGAAAGUGGUCCCAGAGAGGGACAUACGUCGACGUUAAUUGCUGGAAAGGAGGGGUGUGUUGUUCUCGUAUUCGAAAAGGCAUCGUUAAUUCCGUUCUUGGAUGAAUACCCAGGACUUCUUUUGAGCUUACUGGGGACUCAGGUAGUUGUGUAG